AUGCUUUCAAUCUUAGCUUUCCCCUUCCACGUCAUUGCCAGUCUUAUUCGCUAUAUAUUUGGCCGCUUGCACAUCUCCUUGCCAACAUUUCCUUUCUCCUCGCUCAACUUCUACCGCCCCAUAUGGCCCAACAGCGUCGGCCACGCAUCCUCGUCCGAUCCUUACAGCGUCGCAGAUCGUUGGGUGCGGGCCCUUGAAGACGAGACGGGCGCUCUCUGUGUCAGUCAUGCACGGGUGGGACGUGCUUCGGACAGUGAUGCUGUCGAAGGCGUAGCAAGCUCGUCGAACGUCGGGUCACUAUCGAAUAGUACAGGGUUGAGGACGAGGUAUGGUACGAUCAGCGCAAAGGUGCUGCCUGACUUCACGUUGGGGAGUUAUGAGGACGCACUCCAAACUUGCCAGAGGGAAGUCAGGAUCGGCUGCAUCAUUCUCGUGAGCGACGAACAUGAUGAUGUCCUCGAAUUCAAGCGGAAUACAUUGACCGACCCGACAUUCGUCGACCUGUUGCAUACGAAUAACUUCGUUGUCUGGGGUGGUGAUGUGCGUGACAAAGAAGGCUGGGCUGCAUCCCAAAAGCUCCAAGCAACAACAUAUCCCUUCGUCGCGUUUGUCUCCCUCCAACCUCCCCGUGGCUUCACUUCUCGCCAGUCCUCGACCUCAAGUAACAGCACGCCCUCCCUGACCAUCCUGUCUCGUCAUCAAGGCGCUUCCGCCACGUUACCCCACGUUCUCAGCACACACAUCAGCACCCAGCUCCUCCCCCGGAUCACUCCCUUCCUGGAACGGAUUCGCAAUGCGAACCGGGAACGCGAUCUCGAGCGUCGUUUGAGGGCCGAGCAGGAUGCCGCAUUCGCCGAGAGUGCGAGGCGGGACCGCGAGAAGAUCGAGAUGCGGGUGAGAGAGGAGAAAGCUGCGGAGGAGGCGAAACGGCUGGAGGAAGAGAAGGCGAUGCAGGAGGAAGAGAGGAAGCGGCAAAGAGCGCAGGUGAAGAGGAGCUGGAGGAAGUUGAGGCGAGGAGAGCUGAUUCCUGCCGAGGCGAAGGAAUUAAGGAUGGGCAUUCGGUUAGGUGACGGAGAGAGGUUAAUGCGUGGAUUCGCCAAAGCCGACAGUGUGACAGCCUUACAUGCGUUCGUGGACGCGCAUCUGGUACCUGCCGAAGAAAUCUCAGAGAAGGACGAGGUCAUCUUUGACCAAGGUGAAGAUGAUGAAUAUGAGAUUGUACGAAUGAUUGAGGACGCGGGCCAGUCAGCGGAUGAAUGGUGGGGUUUCAAGUUGUUCACCGCAUAUCCACGUCGCGAAGUCGCUUGGACACCCGGCACGAAACUCGCUGAAAUCCCAGGACUUGAGCAAGGCGGUCAACUCGUUGUGGAGAUGGUCGACGUUGAUCGGAGGCGAAGCUCGGAGAGUCAGAGGGUUGGAGAUGGGGACGAUAGUGAUGGCUAUGAGACGGAGUAG